AUGGCAAAAGGCAGCUCGAUAUGGAAUGAACAGCUCGUAUCGCUGCUCGGUUUGGACAAGGAGACCGUCAAGACACAGAUCUUGCCCUUCCUCGACUCGUUCGACGAUGAAGCGUCGCUACGCACGCAUCUGCAAGGACUGGUCGGCACCGAUACGACGCUAGCCAAGUCGUUUGUGCGUGACUUUACCCGCUCUCGAUUUCCGCAACAGGCGAGUGCGUCAGGUUCAACGACUCCGACGUUGCCAGUCGCCACGACUACAGCUACAGGUACAACACAGGCUAUAGGUCAAAAGAAGCGAGCCAAAAAGACAUUGGCGGAGCGGGCAGGCAUUGGGCAGACGCUUUCUCCGAGAAAGGUACAAGAUUCCGGUCUGGACGGGGACGAGCAGAUGUCAAAGCUGUCAGAAGCGUUUGGUGGUAUGGGGACCGUCUACAGGAAGAAGCAGGACGAAGACGACUUCUUUGCCGGAAUGGGCAAAGGCAAGAAGGCAAAGCAGCUCGGUGUGAAGCAAGCAUCGUCAGGGAGUAGCACGCCCCGGGUCGAGCACGACUUGGACGCUUCUGCGAUCACAGACGCUGUUCCGGUCGAGAGCUUUCCUCAAUCAGCAGCGAUUGCCAGCGACGAGCCUCCCACGUCAAUGUCGGCAUUGCAAGCCAAAUUACAGCCAUCUCCACCACCAACCGCCGCUAUGCUCGCCAUCGACGCAGUCGUCGAGGAGCUCACGUCCACCUCGGCCUCGACUUUGGGCUUUUCAACCGAGGGCAAACGCAAGAUGUGCUUUUGCCAAGGUCGUCGACAUGCACUGGCACCGCACGCGCCGCUGUGCUAUUCUUGUGGUCUCAUCCUGUGCUCAGCUAUCCAACCAUCACCGCUAAGCCCGUUGUCAUCGUGCCCCUCUUGCUCUGCCUCGCCUCUACUCGGCGCAGCGGCACGAUCCGACCUCAUUGCCAAACUCAGCGCCGAGCGUGACAUUCUUCUCGAACAGCAACUGCUACAGAUCCAAUUGCAGCGAGAAGCAAGGAAACUCAACAAAGCCACCGCCCGAAGCGCCAAAGAAGAGGAAGCUGCGCUCUUUCCCAAACUGGGCAUGGAGGCGGUCUUCACAUCGUCGAGCGGCGUGCCGCACGCAGGACCGGUGAUGGGCAAGCACGGAGCGCUGCAGAAAGCCAAAACAAUCGCAAGCGAUGCACAGAGGACGGCGAAAGUGCUGAGUUUGGAUAUGAAGACACACAAGGUCAAGACGCACACCAAGGUCACCCGGCCAAAGCCUGCAGUCGCGAAGCAAGAGACAGCUUCAGUGGAGACCGAGGUGGAUUCAGAAGAGGAGAAUGAUCCUUUCGUGGGCGUAGACGGCUCGACGCUCGUCAAGAACGACGCCGACGAUGGGCUGCGUGCAGGAACACCAGGCAAAGCGGCGGCGAGGGCUAUGGCGACGACAGGCAAGGCGAUUCCAACACGUUCGUGGACAUUUGCUGGCAGCCAGCUGACGCUGCGACCCAUCACUACGUCUGUACAGUGA